AUUAACGCCUCCGAUAACCACACAUAAGUUGAACUAAAGAGAGAGGAACAAAAAAAAAACUAAUUUUCUUUUGAAAAUCGACAAAGAAGAACAAAAAUGGCAACGAGAGGAGCUGUUGCUACGUGCGUAAUAUUGAAGCACCGAAGAAACCCUUCGUUUCGAUCAAUUACACCGCAAUCGCACCGUUUCAAUCCCAAAUUCAAUCCUCAAGUCGUCCCAAAUGGGUUUAGAUAUCAAAUUAGGGCAAUACAAGGAGCAAGUGCUGAUCAUGUUGCACAAUUGAAGAACCACGAUGAUCCAAAACCAAAACCUCAGAAUUGGAAAAUCAAAAUGCUUUACGAUGGAGAUUGCCCUCUCUGUAUGCGUGAGGUUAAUAUGCUUAUGGAGAGGAAUGAGAAAUAUGCAAGUAUAAAAUUCGUCGACAUAAGUUCUAAUGAUUAUUCUCCUGAAGAUAAUCAAGGGCUUGAUUACAAAACAGUAAUGGGAACAAUCCAUGCUAUUCAAUCUAAUGGAAAUGUGGUAACAGGUGUUGAGGCAUUUAGGAGACUGUAUGAAGAGGUUGGUCUCGGAUGGGUUUACACUAUCACCAAAUAUGAACCAAUAGGGAAGGUAGCUGAUGCUGUGUAUGAGUUCUGGGCUAGAUAUCGACUUCAAGUCACAGGGCGGCCAUCUAUUGAAGCUAUUCUUGAAGCAAGAAAGAAAAAUAAGGUCGAGACAUGUGGUGAUAGCAAGGAGUGCAAGAUUUGAAUUUUUUUCACAAAAUACUUUUGAAUUUACAAAUACCAAAACCAGUUUGGAGUUACAUAUUAAUACAAUAGAUCUCUGAAGCAUCCACCAAGAACUUCCCUUAACAUUCUCCAUGAAAAUAGUAUGUUGGAAGUUUUCAGAGUGGCGGUUGAAUAAAGCUCUGGCAACUGUUGUCUUGCCAAUACCUGCAGGACCCCAAAUCCCCACCAUCUUCACUUCAGUUGAUUCCAGACAUAACAGAGAAUCAAUCUCUCUCAUAUGAGCCUUGAUCCCAACCAGCUAAUUCGAAAUGCUCAUAGCAAUCUUUUCAAUCAUAUCUGCUUCAUUGUCCCUAUCAAAAGAAGACUCGCCGGCUACAUUAGCCACAUAGACCAAAGCAUCUCUCCAUCUCUGCUUCACUUGCUCUGGUUUUCCUUCACAUGCUUCCUCAAACGCCUUUCCGAAUUCUCCCCUUAGUUUCCUCACAUGAGAUGGUUCACCUCGUAGAAAACCGGCAUGAUCUUUGGAUUAACUUUCUUUAUCUCAACCAACUCAUCCAAACACCAGCUUGAAGAUGCAUAGGUCCGUGACAGCACUACAACGGCAAUCCUAGAUUCUCUGACAGCUUGUGCGAGCUCAGGACCGAUCGUUUGACUUCUCUUGAUAUCAUUGUCUAUGAACGUCCGGAUUCCCUUUCGUCGGAACUCCUUGAGAAGGUGACUGAGAAAGGUUCUGCGAACGUCUUUGCCGCUGAAGCUUGGGAACACAUGGUGUCUCCAAUGGCAAGACUGUGAUGACAAAGAUGAAGAAAACGCCAUCAGAGAAGCGAAAUAGUAACAAGAUCUUGUUGUUCUUCUUUUGUUUAAGAUUAAAAGGUAAGUGACAAGAGAUGUUGAGAUAUGAGCUUCUCCUCUCCGUAUUUGGGACGCGCUUUUCACAUCGAGAAUGUUGACCUUUUCGUUUUUGACUUCUGUGUGCUUCUACCGACAUUGUUUUGACUUACUAAAUAUAUCAUGGAUAUAGUUCUCUUCUACGUUUCGACCACAC